UCCUUCUGAGAGAGUAGGAGGUGUGUCUCAUGGAUUGUGCCCACCAAUAGACGGUGAGCGCCGUUUCAGGUUCCCAGUCGUUUUCCAGACAGCUCGCCUUUGACCGUUGUACGGACUGACACGUACCCAACUCUUUACGGUUGUUAAAUAACCCCUUUGGAUAGGAAACAGAAGAGUAUUUUCUGUCCAAAUAUCACAUUUCCCCCCUCAUAACCGAGUUGGAAACAUGGAGGCAGGGACCUGCGAUAAUGCUGCUGCAGGUGCUCCUUUCGUUGAGAAGUCCUCCGGACAUGGAGACUCUUCAGGGGGCAGUGAUGAAGAGAAAAGGACCAUGCAGAGAGCUGCAGCAGCGGGGGUGGUGGAAUGUGGAAGCAGGAUGAAACGUCUGUUUGGGUUUGAGAGGGAGGACCUGUCCUCCUGGCAUCGCCUGGUGUGUCUUCUAAAUCGCCCCGCUGACCCAGCUUCACUGGGCAUCUUCCGCUUCUUAUUUGGAAUGGUAAUGGCAAUAGACAUCACACAGGAGCGAGGCCUCAGCCACCUGGACUACAAGUACCUGGAUGGGGCUCCUGUGUGCCGUUUCCCUCUAUUAAAUUUCCUGCAGCCGCUGCCUCUGGAUUACAUGUACCUGGUCUAUGUAGUGAUGUUCUUUGGGGCCAUAGGAAUAAUGCUGGGAUGUUUCUAUCGCCUCGCCUGUCUCAUGUUCAUAUCCACCUACUGGUAUGUCUUCUUCCUGGACAAAACCACAUGGAACAACCACUCUUACCUCUAUGGCCUCAUUGGCUUCCAGCUCACAAUCAUGGAUGCCAACAGAUACUGGUCAAUAGAUGGAUUACGGAGUCCAAAGAAAAGAAAUGCCCAAGUGCCGCUUUGGAACUAUACUCUUCUGAGGUCACAGAUUUUCAUAGUAUAUUUCAUUGCUGGAAUCAAAAAAUUGGAUGCAGACUGGGUUGAGGGAUAUUCCAUGUCAUACUUGGCACACCACUGGCUUUUUGACCCUUUCAGGAUGAUUCUGCCUAAUGAAAUGGUGAGCCUGCUGGUGGUGCAUGGAGGUGGCCUUUGUCUGGAUCUGUCGGCCGGCUACCUGCUGUUUUUCGAUGCCACGCGUCCCUAUGGCAUUUUCUUUGUCAGCUACUUUCACUGUAUGAACUCACAACUCUUCAACAUCGGUAUGUUUUCCUACACCAUGCUGGCCACAAGUCCUCUCUUCUGCUAUCCAGACUGGCCCAGGCGCUUCUUCGCCCACUUCCCAUGUUUCCUCAGGCCUGUGCUGCCGCUCACUACUCCUCCCCCACAGCCCAGCACUUCCUGUGUCUACCCAGAGAUCCGGAACACCUGUACAGGAGCACAGGAAAACAUAUCUGCCUGCAAGACCUCCAAAACCCGCUUUAAACACAAGCUGGCAACCCUUUUCUCCAUUCUGUACCUGACUGAACAGUUUUUCCUGCCAUACUCCCACUUUAUCACACAGGGUUAUAACAACUGGACCAAUGGCCUUUAUGGGUACUCCUGGGACAUGAUGGUUCACUCCCGCUCCCACCAACAUGUCAAGAUCACCUACAGAGAUGGAAAAACUGGAGUGGUUGGAUACCUCAACCCUGGGGUGUUCACUCAGAGCCGGCGGUGGAAGGACCAUGGGGACAUGUUGAAGCAGUACGCCACCUGUUUGAGCCACCACCUGCCUCACUACAACAUCUCUGACCCAGAGAUCUAUUUCGACAUCUGGGUGUCCAUCAAUGAACGUUUCCAACAACGGAUCUUUGACCCACGUGUGGAUAUUGUGAAGGCAGACUGGUCACCAUUCCGCCCAAAUCCCUGGCUAAUGCCUCUACUGGUGGACCUGUCUCCAUGGAGGACCAAGUUUCAGGAGAUUGAGGGUUCACUGGACAACCAGACGGAGAUAGUCUUCAUAGCAGACUUCCCAGGUCUCCACCUGGAGAACUAUGUCAGUGAGGACCUGGGCAACACCAGUGUUCAGGUUCUGCAGGGUCAACUGAAUGUUGAGAUAGUAGAUGAGAAGAAGAACUACACACUCCAGCCUGGAGAGAAGAAACAGCUUCCUGCUGGGGCCUACCAUAAAGUAUACACAGUGUCUGAGGGGCCGUCCUGCUACAUGUACAUCUACGUCAACACCACUGAAGCAGCCCUGCAGAGGAACUUCACUAAGCUGUUUGAACUUCAGGAGCGGGUCCGCAACGGAACAGAAACAGAGCCCCUGCCUCCAGAGCUCCAGCCACUCAUCACUGGAGAAAAUGAUGAGGGGUCAGAGGUCAGCGUGACGGAUCCCAUCGUACGUCUGUUUCUGAAGCGACAGCAAAGAAUGAAGGAAGUGAAGAAGCGCAGGGAAGCGAAUGUGUUCGAAAGGUUGAACCGGUUUGCUGUGAAAAAGUACUACAUGUACCGCCGGACGUUCCUGAUGACAGCCAUUGCUAUGCGUAACCUGGCAGUGGGUCUUCCUCCUCUGGAUCAGCUGACUAGGGAAGUGGCUUUCGCCAACAUGAAGGACCCCGAGGCCAACCAGGACCUCAAGGAUGAAGUCGGCCAUGAUGAGCUCUAGGGUUAUUGUGUGUGUGUGUGUGUGUGUGUGUGUGUGUGUGUGUGUGUGUGUGUGUGUGUGUGUGUGUGAGUACUUGGAGUAAUUGAACUACUGUGUUUGAAUGACUCGGAGAAGGCGAUAAACUGUUACUACACUGGGCCCAACCCAGAAUUUAAAUUGUAUUUUUAUUACAAUGGUUUUAAAACAUUUGAAAAGUGAAAGAAAAAGUUAAAAAAAAUCUGUGAAGCUUGCUUUUAAUUUCUAUGUUUUGAAAUGGCGUGGGUACAGAUUUCUGUUUUAGGACUAAAUUACCUGGUUUACUAGAGACGACAUUGUUCAAAAUCAACCAUUAUUCCUAUGGUGUUUGAAGUCAUGCAUACUUUGCUUUUUUGUUACAUUUUUCCAAAGUGUUGUGUUAUUUGAAUGACUGAAGUUAAAUCCAAUGUUCACAUUCCCAGGUUUCUAUUUGUUAUGCCAGGUUCAGGGGUCUUGUUUUCCAUUGAGGGGAGGGCAAUACCACUCAGUGGUGGAGCAUUACAUUCUGUGCUAGCUAUACUGUCUGACCAAAUGUGAUGACACUUAUAUGAAACCUAGGGUAACAAAUACACACUGUCACAAUAAAGGGCCAUUUUGAUAUUGAACACUUUUCCUGUGUAAUUCAGUUUUUUUUCUUUUAUAAUAAAAAAGGUUACAUACCCUAAACAAUUA